GGGCCGCGGGCCGGACCGGGUCCCGGGGCGGCGGGAGCCAGGGCCGGGCCGAAGGGCUUGGCGGGCCGUUAGAGGGCCGCGGCGGCUGUCGGGUCUCCUCCCCUGCCGGAAUUGCGCGCCCCGGAGCCCGGAGCCUCCGGCGCUGUGCCCACCCCGCUCCAGCUCGCGUCUCCCGACUCCAAUUAGAACAACCCGACGGCCAUGGAGGCCGAAGAGACGAUGGAAUGCCUUCAGGAGUUCCCUGAACAUCAUAAAAUGAUCCUGGACCGAUUGAAUGAACAGCGAGAGCAGGACCGGUUUACUGACAUCACCCUGAUUGUCGACGGACACCAUUUUAAGGCCCACAAGGCUGUUUUGGCUGCUUGCAGCAAGUUCUUUUACAAAUUCUUUCAGGAGUUUACUCAGGAACCUUUGGUGGAGAUAGAAGGUGUUAGUAAAAUGGCCUUUCGUCAUUUGAUUGAGUUCACAUAUACAGCAAAAUUAAUGAUACAAGGAGAAGAAGAAGCCAACGAUGUAUGGAAAGCAGCAGAGUUUCUACAAAUGCUAGAAGCUAUCAAAGCCCUGGAAGUCAGGAACAAAGAAAACUCAGCUCCACUAGAGGAAACUACCACAGGAAAAAGUGAAGCAAAAAAAAGAAAGAUUGCAGAAACUUCAAAUGUUAUCACUGAGUCAUUGCCAUCUGCAGAAUCUGAACCUGUUGAAAUCGAGGUGGAGAUUGCUGAAGGCACAAUCGAAGUGGAAGAUGAAGGCAUUGAAACAUUAGAGGAUGUGGCUACUGCCAGGCAGUCCAUAAAAUAUAUUCAGAGCACAGGUUCCUCUGAUGAUUCCGCUCUGGCAUUAUUGGCAGAUAUCACCAGCAAGUACCGUCAAGGUGAUAGAAAAGGGCAGAUUAAAGAUGAAGAUGGCUGUGCCUCUGACCCCACAAGCAAACAGGAACACAUGAAAUCACACUCCACUGAGAGUUUCAAGUGUGAAAUAUGCAAUAAAAGGUAUCUUCGGGAGAGCGCAUGGAAACAGCACCUCAAUUGUUACCACCUUGAAGAAGGUGGAGUCAGUAAGAAGCAAAGAACUGGGAAAAAAAUUCACAUAUGUCAGUACUGUGAGAAACAGUUUGACCACUUUGGACAUUUUAAAGAGCAUCUUCGAAAGCAUACAGGUGAAAAACCUUUUGAAUGUCCAAAUUGUCAUGAACGAUUUGCUAGAAAUAGCACCCUCAAAUGUCACCUGACUGCAUGCCAAACUGGAGUGGGGGCAAAAAAGGGAAGAAAGAAGCUUUAUGAAUGUCAGGUCUGUAAUAGUGUGUUUAACAGCUGGGACCAGUUCAAAGAUCAUUUGGUAAUACACACUGGAGAUAAACCCAACCAUUGUACUUUGUGUGACUUGUGGUUUAUGCAAGGAAAUGAAUUAAGGAGGCAUCUCAGUGAUGCUCAUAAUAUUUCAGAGCGUCUAGUAACUGAAGAAGUUCUUUCAGUAGAAACACGUGUGCAAACUGAACCUGUGACAUCAAUGACUAUUAUAGAACAAGUUGGGAAGGUGCACGUGUUACCAUUGCUUCAGGUUCAAGUGGAUUCAGCACAAGUGACUGUGGAACAGGUCCACCCAGAUCUGCUCCAGGACAGCCAAGUGCACAAUUCACAUAUGAAUGAGCUUCCAGAACAGGUCCAGGUAAGUUAUCUAGAAGUGGGUCGAAUUCAGACUGAAGAAGGUACAGAAGUACAUGUAGAGGAGCUGCAUGUUGAACGGGUAAAUCAGAUGCCAAUGGAAGUACAAACUGAGCUUCUAGAAGCAGACUUGGAUCAAGUGACCCCUGAAAUCAUGAACCAAGAGGAGAGAGAGGCUACCCAAGCAGAUGCUGCUGAGGCGGCCAGAGAAGAUCACGAAGAUGCUGAGGGUUUAGAGACCAAAUCAACAGUGGAUUCCCAAGCUGAAAAGUCAGGAAAUGAGAACAGAACACCUAUGCCAGUUUUAGAAUGAAAUAACAAAUGAAUAUAUUUUUAAAUUUAUGUGUUGAGUUUUUGAACUGAUGAUGGGCAGUGUGACUGUCCUUAAGCUAACAGACACGUGGACCAAAGUUAAGCUCUUUCAUGUUGUGUUGAACUGUUUCUAUUGAAACAAACUGAUUUUCCCCCACUUGAUGCCACAGAGGAGGGAUCUUUCCCAUAAGUGAAUGGGAAGCUUUGAGAAGUAUAUUUCUGGAAAACUGAAACGGAUUAUAUUCUUAUUAUAUAGUUGGGUACGAAUGUAUCUAUUUUCAUUGUGGUAAGGGUUCUCCCUUCUCUCUUUGCCCAGUCAUGUCCUUCCUCAAGUUUUUUUUCCCCCAUAUUGUAAAAUCAAACGUAAAAUCAUUAGAAUACAAGUUUAUGUAUUCUAAUGCAUGUUAGAACAUUUGAAUAUAUAGGAAACACAAGGCUGCAUGAAGAAAAGUGCAUUGUUACUGUGCAGUUAAAUUUUGGCUUCUGGCUUUCUUUAGCUUGAACAACACUCUUGUCUACCCUGACAGUCACAGAUGUCAUCUCUGCAACAGAAACGGUGGUGGUGGCGGCAAAUUUCUAGAAUGUUUAAAAACCAACCACACCCAUGUGCCUUUUCAAACUCAACUAAACUUCUGUAAAGCGCCUCUGGUUCUUUCAGAGUUUGUGUUGCAAGGAGCAAUGUAGGUCAUGCUAUAGCACUCUAUAUUUUCCUUACAAUGACAGCUACCAGUUCUUUUUCACUUCAGUUAGAUUGAGAAAUUUCAUUUAAUGGCGGCUGAAGGGCCAUUUUCAAUUGGGAAAAUUCACUUAUAUCUGUGGUAAACUUUAUUUUGAUGAAAAGUUGCACUAGUAUUUUACCACCAGAUGAAAAAAAGAUGAGCAUCACUUUAAAAUUAAUGUAUUUAAAAUAAAGUACAGAGAAAAACAUGUAUAUAAUAUAUCAGGCUUUGUUUUGAAUGAAUCUUUUUCCCCAAUCCUUAAUGUAAAGAUCUUGUGCUAUAACUUUUAAAGCCAUACAAAUAAGAGUGCUAAACUGUGGACUUAAAAGUAGGU